CACACAGCUGAGGUUAGACUGUGCUGGUGAAAGCAGUUUCACUUCUGUGCUCACUGUUUACAGGGUUUUCGUGGUGACCCUGUGUUCAGUCGCAUUGAUAAUUGACAGUUAUUGGGGGAAUUUGUUCAAAAUGCUGACUUUUACGUCGCGACAUAGUUCGGAGAUGGAGGAGUCAAGUGGGACGGAUCUGAUGGACAUCUACGAGUCCAUCCUGGAGAGGAAGAGGCACGACAGCGAGCAGUCCUCCUGCAGCGCGCUGGAGUACCACGACCUGGAGGCGGCGGAGGCGCUGGUGUGCAUGAGCUCCUGGGGUCAGAGGUCGCAGAAACCCCGCCCACUCACCCCCACCUCCGACUCCUGCGACUCCCUCCUUCAGCACCCGGACCCCACGGAACCCCCGAAGGACUUUGUUUCCCUCUCCUCGCUGUGCAUGACCCCGCCUCACAGUCCCAGCUUCACCGAGAGCCCUGCCGCCUCCCCCGUGACGGUGGCAGGGCAGAGGCCGUGCCCAGCCGUCCAGCGCCGUGCCACCCCUCACGCCGGACUCCCGGCCACGCUGCCCUGCAGAGCCAUGGCGACCAGCGUGAUCCGCCACACGGCCGACCGCUCUUCCGGCCGCCACAUUCCCCCGGCACGGACCGCCCCCUCCCCCCCCCGGCAGCCGCGGAGCCCCCCUCCCCCUCCCGCCCUCCCCUCCCAAAACGGCGGAAUCAAGAAGGAAAGCGUCCCCCCUUCAUCCGAGAACGCGGGUUCGCCCCCUUCCCCCGCCGGCACCCCGCUUUCCCCGCCCCCCAUGGCCGGCCCUCCAGUAAUCUGCCAGAUGUUCCCCGUGAGCGGCCAACCGGGCGUCAUCUCCGCCUUCAUCCAGGCCCAGGUGCAGCCGCAGGGCGGGGCGAAGCCGAUACUCCGCCCGGCCUCGUCCCUCCCGCAUCCCUUCCUGGUGGGCCCCGGCAUGCCCCAGGGCGCCGUGAUGUUCGUGGUCCCCCAGCCGCCCAUGUCCCAGGUCCCUCAGUGCCAGCAGACGGUGGUAACCCUGGGCAACACCAAACUGCUGCCCCUGGCGCCCGCGCCGGUCUACAUGCCCUCGGGGCAGAGCACUGCCGCCCCCCAGGUGGACCUGUCCCGCCGGCGCAACUACGUCUGCAGCUUCCCCGGCUGCAGGAAGACGUACUUCAAGAGCUCCCACCUGAAGGCCCACCUCAGAACUCACACAGGUGAGAAGCCGUUCACCUGUAACUGGGAAGGCUGCGACAAGAAGUUUGCUCGCUCGGACGAGCUUUCCCGACACCGCCGCACGCACACGGGAGAGAAGAAGUUUGCGUGCCCUGUGUGCGACAGACGCUUCAUGCGCAGCGACCACCUGACCAAGCAUGCCCGCCGUCACAUGACCACCAAGAAAAUUCCCACUUGGCAGGCCGAAGUCCGUGACCUCAACAAAAUCACGGCAGCCUCCAAGCCACCGGCCACGCCCGGAAACCUGCUGCCUCUCAACGUGUUUACACCUGCCUCAAACUAGUUCACCCUCAUCAGCCAAUCAGCUGCCUCAGGACUGACCUCUCACCAAUCGCGUUUGCGAAUACAAAAUUAAGGCUGCUACCAGUUCAUGGAAAAAUAAAAAAGACUGAUCUUGCACUGGAAUCCUCUUUUUUUUUCUCAUUUGUACAUAUUUGAAAUGAUUUUUUUUGUUUAUUGUGUUUUACAGACUGUAUGCUCAGUAUUUGCCAAAGCCUUGUAUAAAUGGUCUUACUGUUUGACUGUCUUUGUAUAUUUGUAUAUAUACGCAUCUAUAUAUGAAUGUAAUGUGUGUUUAAAUGUAUCAUUUAUUUACAGAAUAUGAAAUAUGAUGUUAAUGAUAUAAAAGUCUGUAAGUGAUCAGUAUUCUCUACUGUGAUUAAUGCACACUAUCUCAUUUUGCAUAUUAUUUAAUAAACAUUUGUAACAAAUA